AAAUUUUUCAACGGUACGAGGCCCGCGGCGGGCUUGCGGGAGCUGGGGUGGCUGGGCUGACGCCACUCCCGGCGAGCUGAGCUGAGAAGGUGACCUAUUGGGAGAAUUGAUACAAAUUCUGGGAAAAAUCCGCUCUUCUGCACUAAGAGAACAAUGUCGCAUGUUAAAACUUCUUACACCUUUGACGCUCCCACCGAGUUCAUCAAUUUUACAUCUUUGGAUGAUGAGGAAGAUAGUGAAAAUGUAGAUUUGUGGUUUGAGGAGAAGGCCAAUUUGGAGAAUAAAUUUCCUGGGAAGAAUGGGAUUGGAGAACUUCCACUCUGCAAAACUGCUUUGAGAAAAACUAAUCUUCAGCAAGCAGGUGUCACACCUUUGAGAACAGUUGAUAACACUUAUAAAGAGGCAGAAAAAGAAAAUAUUUUGGAACAAUCUGUGCCUUCAAAAGAAGUUGAGGGAGUCAUUUUAAAAAAUACUCCAACUCAGCCUCAGAGAAGGUCUAUUAGACUGUCUGCUCAGAAGGAUUUGGAACAAAAAGAAAAACAUAAUGUAAGAAUGAAAGCUAAGAGAUGUGCCACUCCUAGAACUGUCAGUGAAAUCCCACCUUCCAAAAAAAUGAAAGUUUCAAAUAACAAGACAGAGGAAGAAGGCAGUGCCCGUAAAGAUGUUUCUGGAAAGAAGGAAUCUUCUAAAGGCAGUAGACAUACUUUACCUUGUAUACCACCUACAAGGCAGAAGGUUCUAAAAAGUACUGAGGAGCAAGAAUUGGAAAAGAGAAUGAAGAUGCAGCAGGAAGUGAUUGAGAUGCGGAAAAAGAAUGAAGAAUUCAAAAAACUCGCCCUUGCAGGAGCAGGGCAACCUGUGAAAAAACCAGUGAUCCAGACAACCAAAUCAGUUGACUUCCACUUCCACACAAAUGAGCGAAUCAAACAACAGCCUAAGAACCAGGAGGAAUAUAAGGAAGUGGACUUUACGUCUGAACUACGAAAGCAUCCCCCAUCUCCUGCACGAGUGACUAGGGGUUGUACUAUCAUCAAGCCUUUCAACCUGUCCCAAGGAAAGAAAAGAACAUUUGAUGAAGCAGCUUCUACAUAUGUGCCCCUUGCGCAGCAGGUGGAAGCCUUCCAUAAACGAACCCCUAACAGAUACCAUCUGAGGAGCAAAAAGGAGGAUAUUAACCCGUUACCCUCCAAGCCUUCUGUGAUCAAGCUCUCCAGAGACCCACAGACUCCUGUCCUACAAACCAAGCACCGAACAAGGCCGAUUGCCUACAAAAGCGCAGCAGAGCAGGAGGCUGAGGAGCUCGAGAAACUGCAACAAUACAAAUUCAAAGCACGAGAAAUUGAUCCCAGAAUUCUUGAAGGUGGGCCCAUCUUGCCCAAGAAGCCACCUGUGAAACCAUCCACUCAGCCUAUUGGUUUUGAUUUGGAAAUUGAGAAGAGAAUCCAGGAGCGAGAAUCAAAGAAGAAAUCAGAGGAUGAGCAAUUUGAGUUUCAUUCUAGACCUUGCCCUACUAAGAUAUUGGAAGAUGUUGUGGGUGUUCCUGAAAAGAAGGUGCUUCCAAUCACUGUGCCCAAGUCACCAGCGUUUGCACUCAAGAACAGAAUCCGAAUGCCCGCCAAAGAAGAUGAGGAAGAAGACGAACCAGUGGUAAUAAAAGCUCAGCCUGUGCCCCAUUAUGGAGUGCCUUUUAAGCCCCAGAUGCCAGAGGCAAGAACUGUGGAAAUAUGCCCUUUCUCCUUUGACUCUCGUGACAAAGAACGACAGUUGCAGAAGGAGAAGAAAAUAAAAGAACUGCAGAAAGGAGAAGUUCCCAAGUUCAAAGCACAUCCCUUGCCUCAUUUUGACACCAUUAACCUGCCAGAGAAGAAGGUCAAGAGUGUGACGCAAAUUGAACCUUUCUGCCUGGAGACUGACAGAAGAGGCGCUGUGAAGGCACAGAACUGGAAGCACCAGUUGGAGGAAGAACUGAAACAGCAAAAGGAAGCAGCUUGCUUCAAGGCUCGUCCAAACACUGUCACCUCACAGGAGCCCUUUGUGCCCAAGAAAGAGAAAAGGCCAGCUGCUGAGGACCUUUCUGGUUCUGUAGUUCAGGAACCAUUUCAGCUGGCCACUGAAAAGAGAGCAAAGGAGCGGCAGGAGCUGGAGAAGAGGAUGGCUGAAGUUGAGGCACUCAAGCUCCAGCAGCUGGAGGAAGCCAGACAGCAGGAGGAGGAGCAGAAGAAGGAGGAACUCAUACAGCUGCGGAAAGAACUGGUACACAAGGCAAAUCCAAUUCGCAAGUACCAGAGUGUAGAGAUAAAGUCAAGUGACCAGCCUCUGACUGUGCCUGUGUCUCCCAAGUUCUCCACUCGAUUCCACUGCUGAGCUCAGCUGGGACCUGCAGAUGCCACCUGGCAGCUGGAGCUGCUUUGAGCAUCAACCCAGGAGCCUUUGUCCUUGAUGCUGGGAGUGGGGAGCUCGCCUCUCCAGACCUUAACUGCUUGGGCCAAACAGAACUUACAUGACUGACAACUGUGGGUUCUGGUUAAGAAUUGUUUUCUUACAUUUUUGAGGCUAUUAAUGAGACUCAGUGCAUAUGUGUCUUGAUAGACUCCAUGUAGUUAUUUCCUUUAAGCCAUUAACAUGAGUGUUGACUCUCACUAGAAUUUCAUGUCUCUGUGAUAGUACAGUGCGGUCUUUAUGUCUCCUUACCCCUUUUUAUAUAUAAUUAUUAUUAUUAUUUUAAUUAGAAAAUAAAGAUAGUUGAAUCCUGAGGUAGGGUUUAAGUCCUGGUUUAAACGAGGAGCAAUCACUAUUUCAGCAGUCACUUCUCUCUUCCCUGCAUAAAUGAGUCUGUAGUUAAGAAGCCCUGUGUAAACCUUAUCAACUAUAUCCCUGAGGAAGAUAGUGACGUGAACUCUUGGGAGCCUCACAGCAGCCAUUUGGCAAGCUUUGGGCAGGCUGCCAUCAAGCACCUUCUUCCCUGUCAUUGCUGAGAUAGCGGUGCAUUUUAAGAACUGUCCUGGAAUAAAUACAGUAUGUCUUCCCUUCC